UGUUUGGCGUCUGUCACUAAGUCUUGUUUCCUUUCGUGUGCGACGCAUUUUGCCAAGAACACACUUCCAUGGACAUGCUUCCCCCGCCACCCUCCUUCCUGAUGAUUCUUUUUUUUUGUCAUCGAGCGACGACCUCCUCCUCCUCCUCCCGGCGUCAUCGUCAAACCACAUUUGACUGCUUUGUCGUUUCUGUGUUGCAUCACUCCAAAAAAAAGUCUCAUCUUGUUCCUCAUUAAAAAUGUGUCCCACCGUCCGCCUCAACAUGUUCUGCCAUGCCAAUAAUCGAUAUCCCCCCCGAACCCCCCCUCCCCAUAUCAGUUCAACAGAGCUGUAGAGCCACCCAGCAAAACCACAUUCAUGUGUGAGUUCACGGUGUGAAGGUCAUACAAUUUGCAUGUAUGGUCGGAGACGAGCACGUGUGUUCACUUUGGUUGCCGUCUGUGUUUCUUGUGCCCCCCCCCCCCACUCUCUCGUUCCAUCCCAUAUCUCCCAACCGCCGCCUGUUCUCGCAGACAGACUGACACGAGCUUUGAAGGGGAACGGACUAGAAGGGGAAAAAAAGUCUUUAUCAUGCAGAGGAUUGUGCCCCUUUUUACUCUUUUUACUCACUUUGCGACCCCGGGACAUCUUUUCCAUCACCGUCACCAUAUUGCCGUGUCUUAAUUGAGCCACAUAUUGAUUCAUUUCAUUUUUUUUCUUAUGUCGACCAAAAAAAAAUCAUACAUUGCAUCAGAGAGGACUUUGUAUCAUACUAGAUGCUAAUGAACUUAAUGCUUUUUUUAAUAAUAAGGGUACAAAUGAGGAGAAUCAUUUCCUAAUAUGCAGUGUGUGUGUGUGUGUGUGUGUCACAGUAAUGGAUAGAUGCAUAGAAAAGUGAAAAGUCACUCAUUUUGUCGUCCGCAUCAACUUUUCUCCCGCCAAAAAGGAGCUUUAAUGGCUCCUGUGCUCAGUACAUGAAGAUAAUGACAAGCGGGACAGCCGUCACCCUCAUAAGGCCACUCUGGAUGUAGCGGGGUUUUUUUUCGUGUGGAAUUAUCCUUUUUAAAAUCCCGGAUAUUUGAUUCCAAAUGAAAACAACAAAAAAACCAAAACAAACUAACGCAAACACCAACUUUUUUUUGGUAACCAACUGAAGCGGCUUUCAAGUAUUCGGGUUUUUCUCUGUGGGAUUUUACGAACGGAUGGAAGACUCAAGCGGUUGUCUCGUUGCUAACAUGUUCAUUUUUACUGUUUAGUUGUACAUGUUACAGUUUCAUAGCCGACUGGCAGACGUCAGUGAUCCAAGCGCCGGCAAGCAUCUCCUCGGCGGAGCGAAGAGGAGAACAGAAAAGAAGCUGCUCCCGUGGAGUACGAUUACCUCGAAAUUGCUGCUUUUCCCCCGAAAAUUGCUUGCAGCCUCCGUCAGUCUGAGGCUAUGAGAGGGAGAGAGGAGGCCCAGGCUGCACCAUCAUGCUACUUCUGAGACGUGGGGAUGAGAGUUUGGCCGACAAAACACAAGGUAUUUCUCUCCCGUUCCUCCACCAUGCCUGUCAGCGGCUGCCCCUCGCCCCUUCGCAUCCAUGCCGGGGUCUGCUCCUUCGCCCCCUCCGUUGUCCAGGAGCAAGGGAGGCGAGGCCGACACCUCCAUCCACCCCCGCCUCCAUCGCCCCACCGCUUCACCACCGUCUCCCGAGGUGCCCUUCUCUUGUUUCUCUGCCUCCUUCACCUGCCCCCCGCCUGCCACUCCCGGAGAGAGAAGGGAGGAGGUGGCGUCCACUACAUGCCCAUCCCGCCGCCUCCACCCCACCACAUGGCCCUCCCCAACAUCCUGCGCGGCCUUAGCAUCGCCGUUGUCCUGGUGGGCAACUCCAGCGAGAUGGCACUGGCGGGGGCUCGGGAGAAGGAGGAUUUCCUCCACAUGGCGCCCAACGUAGAGAUCCUGACCAUGAAUGAGACGGACCCGAAAAGCAUCAUUAAAAGCAUCUGUGACUUGAUGACGGAGCACUGGCUGCAGGGUGUGGUCUUUGGGGACGACACAGACCAGGAGGCCAUCGCCCAGAUCCUGGACUUCAUUUCAGCCCAGACCCAUAUCCCUAUCCUUGGAGUUCGCGGGGGUUCCUCCAUGAUCAUGGCUGCCAAGGACGACAACUCCAUGUUCUUUCAGUUUGGCCCCUCCAUCGAGCAGCAAGCUUCGGUCAUGCUCAACAUCAUGGAGGAAUACGACUGGUACAUCUUCUCCAUCGUCACCACAUACUACCCGGGGUACCAGGACUUUGUCACCAAGAUCCGCAGCACUAUUGAAAACAGCUUUGUGGGCUGGGAACUAGAGGAAGUGUUACUUCUUGACAUGUCGGUAGAUGACGGAGAUUCGAAGAUUCAGAACCAGCUGAAGAAGCUUCAGAGUCCUGUCAUUCUUCUGUACUGCACAAAAGAGGAGGCCAACACCAUCUUUGAGGUGGCGCAUUCUGUUGGGAUUACCGGAUACGGCUAUACGUGGAUAGUGCCCUCGCUCAUUGCUGGAGACACUGACGUCGUACCUGCAGAGUUCCCAACAGGGCUGCUGUCGGUGUCGUACGACGAGUGGGACUACGGCCUGGAGGCCCGUGUUCGUGAUGGUGUGGCUAUUAUAACCAUGGCGACCUCCACCAUGAUGAUGGACAGGGGACCUCACACCUUGCUCAAGUCUGAGUGCCACGGAGCUCCGGACAAGAAGACCCCCGUCUCAGGCAACCCUAAUGAAGUGCUCAGGUACCUGAUGAAUGUGACAUUUGAGGGUCGUAAUCUGUCGUUCAGUGAGGACGGCUACCAGAUGCACCCCAAGCUGGUCAUCAUUCUCCUCAACAAAGACAGACAGUGGGACAGGGUGGGCAAAUGGGAGAACGGGUCUCUCUCCAUGAAGUACCACGUGUGGCCUCGUGAUGAGCUGUACGGCGGGGCAGCCUCCAGGGAGGAUGACCACCUGUCCAUCGUGACACUGGAGGAGGCUCCCUUCGUCAUCGUGGAAGACGUGGACCCCCUUAGCGGGACGUGCAUGAGGAACACUGUGCCCUGCCGCAAACAGAUCAAAACGCUGAAUCAGACCAAGGAGACUGGCAUCUACAUCAAGCGUUGCUGUAAGGGCUUCUGCAUUGACAUCCUAAAGAAGAUCGCCAAGUCAGUCAAGUUCACGUAUGACUUGUACCUGGUGACGAAUGGCAAACAUGGCAAGAAGAUCAAUGGAACCUGGAAUGGCAUGGUGGGAGAGGUGGUGUUAAAAAAAGCCCACAUGGCCGUCGGCUCCUUGACUAUCAACGAGGAACGGUCAGAGGUCAUCGACUUUUCUGUCCCCUUCAUCGAGACUGGCAUCAGCGUUAUGGUGUCCCGCAGCAAUGGCACCGUUUCUCCCUCAGCCUUCUUAGAGCCCUUCAGUGCGGAUGUGUGGGUGAUGAUGUUCGUGAUGCUGCUGCUGGUGUCAGCAGUUGCCGUGUUCAUUUUCGAGUACUUCAGCCCCGUGGGCUACAACCGCUGUCUGGCUGACGGCAAAGAGCCACAUGGUCCAUCCUUCACCAUCGGCAAGGCCAUCUGGUUAUUGUGGGGUCUGGUCUUCAACAACUCUGUGCCGGUGCAGAACCCCAAAGGUACCACCAGCAAGAUCAUGGUGUCCGUGUGGGCCUUCUUUGCUGUCAUCUUCCUGGCCUCCUACACUGCCAACUUGGCUGCCUUCAUGAUCCAGGAGGAAUAUGUGGACCAGGUAUCCGGACUGUCGGACAAAAAGUUCCAGAGCCCCAACGACUUCUCGCCUCCUUUUCGGUUCGGCACUGUCCCAAACGGGAGCACAGAAAGAAACAUAAGGAACAACUAUCCAGAGAUGCACUCCUACAUGACCAAGUUUCAUCAGAGAAAUGUCAAUGAGGCUCUGCAAAGUCUUAAAGCUGGCAAACUAGAUGCUUUCAUUUACGACGCGGCCGUGCUCAAUUACAUGGCUGGCAGGGACGAGGGCUGUAAGCUGGUGACCAUCGGCAGUGGCUACAUCUUUGCCACCACCGGGUACGGCAUCGCCAUCCAGAAGGAGUCGCUCUGGAAGAGACAUGUGGACUUGGCCAUCCUGCAGCUCUUUGGAGACGGUGAGAUGGAGGAGCUGGAGUCCCUGUGGCUGACAGGAAUCUGCCACCACGAGAAGAACGAGGUGAUGUCCAGCCAGCUGGAUGUGGACAACAUGGCGGGGGUGUUCUACAUGCUGGGAGCCGCCAUGGCCCUGUCGCUCAUCACUUUUAUUUGCGAGCACUGGUUCUACUGGCAGCUACGCUUCUGCUUCAUGGGUGUCUGCUCAGGGCGCCCUGGCUUUGUCUUCUCCAUCAGCAGGGGCAUCUACAGCUGCAUUCACGGCGUACAGAUUGAGGAGAAAAGCAGUUCAGCCUUGAACUCGCCGUCCGGCACCAUGAACAACACUCAUUCCAACAUCUUGCGCCUCUUACGAACCGCCAAGAAUAUGGCCUCCCUGUCCGGAGUGAACGGCUCGCCCCACAGCGCCCUGGACUUCAUCCGACGCGAAUCUUCUGUUUACGACAUCUCGGAACACAGACGCAGCCUGGCGGGCCACUCGGACUGCAAGCCGCCUUACUUACCGGAAGAUAACAUGUUCAGUGACUACAUCAGUGAGGUGGAGAGGACGUUUGGCAACAUGCACAUGAAGGACAGUAAUCUGUACCAGGACCACUACCUGCACCAUCAUGGUUCCACACUUGGGCUCAGUGGACCGCCUGCCAACAGGCCCCAUAGUUUGGGCAGUGCCAGUUCUCUGGAGGGUGGCAUGUUUGACUGCGACAGCCUCGGAGGAGGGGUGGCACCUAUUUUCACCACCCAGCCGUGCUCAGCAUUGACCCACAGGAACAUGAGCAAGUUCGACCUGCUGUCCGGACAGACUCCCCCCUCAGGGCAGGGCUUUAAAGGCGGCUUGCCUGACUUGUACGGGAAGUUUUCUUUCAAGGGAGGUGCUUCCAGUUCCAACUACAUCCCUGGUCAUGGUUACUGUGGCGGGAGAGGAGAUGACGAUGGGAAUAUCCGAUCUGAUGUCUCUGAUAUUUCUACACACACCGUCACCUACGGGAACCUGGAAGGUAACGCCAAGAAACGCAAACAAUAUCGUGAUAGCCUGAAAAAGAGGCCGGCCUCUGCCAAGUCCAGACGGGAGCUGGAUGAAAUCGAGCUGGGCUACAGGAGGAAACCUUACCACAUCAGCCACCACCACUACCACAACCAUCGCUCUGCCUCACCGCCACCUUUGCCCUCUGAACGGAAGCGAGGAGGCGGAGGAGGAAAUAAUGAAGCAAACUAUCUCUUCAGAGAAAAGGAGAGCGUGAGAGACUUUUAUUUGGACCAGUUCCGCCCGAAAGAGGGUGUCCCUCAGUGGGAACAUGUAGAUUUGACUGAGGGCCCUGGCAGUAGAGAUGGAGGAGUACCGACCUGCACCUCGCUGGUUCCAGUGGAAGACUUUCUCAAGAGCAAACCCAAAAAGUUGGAUUCAAAGAGCGGUGGAGGAUCUGGGUUGGCAGGGGGAGAAUGGGAGUGCAGAAACUGUCGGUCUGGUGCAGGAGUGAAGCAGAUGUCCAUGCACGGAGGAGGAGGUGGCGGUGGGUACGGCGGCGGUAUGAGCUGUGGGUCCUCAGGAGGCGGAGUGAGCAGCCGCCCCAGCUCUGCGACCUGUUUGCGCUGCGAGAGCUGUAAAAAGACAGGAAACCUCUACGACAUCAGCGAGGACAACAACCACCUCUUGGAACAGAUUGGGGGAGGGAAAGUUGGGGGCGGAGGAGGAGGCAUGGGCGCCAUCCCCCAGUCUCAAUCUCAGGCCCAGCAGAGGAGGAAAGGGGGAGGAUUUGGCAAGCCACUCAGGCGGCAGCAUUCGUACGACGCGUUCGUCGAUCUUCAGAAGGAGGAGACGGGCGGGAUGGGGAGCUUGAUGGGAGGUAUGGGAGGCGUUGGAGGGAUGAGUGGUGCAGGUAUGGGAGGAAUGCUGCCACCUCCCAGAAGUGUUAGCUUGAAGGAGAAGGAGCGGUACAUGGAGGGCACGAGCCCCUUUGCCCACAUAUUUGAGCGCCAUGGGGGCUCUGAGAGAGAAAGGGAACGAGACAGGGACCCUUCGUUUUAUGGAGGCGAAGGCCGCUUUGGAGGCCUGUUCAGAGGAGGCGACGGCCUCCAUCGUCGCUCCAUAGGAGAGCGAGACAUGAGAGACAGGGAUAGGUCUUUAAUGGAAGGUGGAGGCGGGGCAGCUUUCUCUUUAUCCAAAUCUCUUUAUCCUGACCGGGUAAACCAGAACCCCUUUAUACCCACGUUUGACGACGACCAGUGUCUGAUGCAUGGAGCAAAACAAUAUUACCUGAAAAAGCAGCAACAGCAGCAGCAGGUUGCCAAAAACAGUCGAGGUGACUUCAGGAGUCAGAUGAGCACCACGUCGUACCUGCCAACAUCUGCCACGUCCGGGGUCAUGUCCAAUGUGUCCCCCCGGUUUCCGAAAGAGCUCAGCCUGGGUGGGCUAAACCACCAUGGCUCCAUGCUUGGGGUCGGCCCCCCGCGGCCCUUCAACGGAAGCAACGGCCAUGUCUAUGAGAAACUCUCCAGUAUUGAGUCGGACGUGUGAGAGCUCAAGAAAGGGGAAGAAUGAAUUCUGAGUGGAAUAGAGGCGUGUAGUGUUAGGAGAUCAGGGAUGUUUUUAAAGACACUGUCCACACACUGCAACCCUAUCCCAUGACUGAGACAGGAAGUUGAGCGCAGGAACCAGAGACGGCAUCAGAAGUAGAAUCCCAAAUUUGAGUAACGGAAAAAUCUUUAUUUUACGAGCAAAUCUUGGUUAAAUAAAAAAAAGAUUUAAAAAAUCAGGACACCUUGCUGAGGCGGGGAUGUGACCCCUCUCUCACGAAUGGCCAAAGCUACUCUACUUUUAUGUCCAGUCAGAGUGAAUUAACGUUCCCCCAUCAACCUGGCAAAUGCACUCAAGCCAAGCAGCGCAUUUCAUCCACCGGCGCGGCCACGGUCAACGCGCUCGGCCGUUAUCGCUCAUUUUGGCGGUCAUCCGGGAGCUCCCGAGGAAAGACUGCACGACCGGAGAAGCGGAGCAAGCAGACCCAUCUGGGUCGCCUCAGAAAGAAGACAUUGUCACGUUUGCCGGAGUGGCAACGCAGGACUUGUGUUUCUUGUGUUCCGCCCGCCCGCCCGCCCUCACCGCAGGGCUGGAUUUCAUCCCUCCACACCCUGAACUCGUCCCGCUGUUCUGUUGUUCCUCCUCCCGUUUCCUCGUCCUCCCUUACGCCAAAAGAUGUGAUCUUGUUUGCUAUGAGAAAUACAAUCAUCAAUGACAUAAGAUAUUCUUCUAGAAAAAAACAGGGUAUAAAAACAAUAAUAUUAAUAAUAAUAACAUUGUGAAUAACAAAGUACUGAUUGUGAUAACACUGCUUAGGUUUUUAUUGCUAUAUGUUACAAGGUGUGAUAUUCCAUAGCUGUUUUCAUACUUUUUUUCUGCCCGCGUCGGCAGCAGGAAGGUUGUUCAACCUACAAGCCAGAAAGACUGAACUCUUUUGUUCUUGUGUAGAAUAUUUGACGUCACACUCGUUUCUUUUCUCCUUAUUCAAAAAAGGAGUUUCGGUACACUUAAUUCGCAUUUUUGAGACAUUUCAAAUCGGUCUGAACAAUGUGUUUAGUCGGAAGACGCUGAGAGAAAAGGACGUGCCUUAAUGGUCUCCAGUGGAAGUGUCCUCCUGUUCACACGCUCGUGCGGUGGCGCCGACGCUCGGUGUUGUCUUCUUGCGUUUGUGCGCCAAAACCGCAGUAAAAAAAAAAAACCUACAAAUUUACAAGCGGCUUGAGAUGCUGCCUGGCAGCGGUUUCCAUACAAGAUGCUGCUGGAGUGUUUUAUAACUUCGUAAAAAAAUAAAAUAAAAAAAAAGAUUUUAUGAACCUGUAUGGCAGUUCUCGGAGUGGCCCACUUCGCAGCACGGCGGCCUUCUUCUUAGCUUCUUUUCAAUUCAGGUUACACGAUUCAAGUCACUCUCACUAGUAUUGCAGAUGACAACACGGUUUGGGGGGUAACCUGAACAUUGUUGCCCUGUGACAAUGAUAGUCAUCAAACGUUGGAGCGGAGGAGGAUGUCUAUUUGGGAAAGGCCUUUGAGGACUCAGCUUUGACUUGAUGUAGAUAUUUCUCUUUCUUUCUAUUUUUGUUUUCUCUUAAAGCUGGCAACGCCUCAUUUAUUGCACAGGACCUUUACCUGGUGUAGGUUCAGGCACUCAGUAGACAUGCCUUAUCACCCCAUCACACCCCCCCUCCCCUCCCCCCUGCUAAUGACUCAUCAUCUAAGUGUACAGAAUAAAAAAAAAACCUCUAUUAGCUAUUUAAAGGUUUGAUCUCCAAUUAGCUGGCGGUGUCAGAAGUUCAAGGGCUGCAGGAGUGAUUGGAGCUGCUGGAGUGUGCACAGCGCCGACGUCUAUCUUAUACCCUCAUUAUAGGUGUGUGUGUGUGUGUGUGUGUGUGUGUGUGUGUGUGUGCGUGCUAGGAUGCAAGUCACGAUUUAACGACAGACUUGCUGAUUGCUAUUCAUAAAUUCACAGAUAACGGUGUAAACGCGAGCUUGAUAGAGUUAGCCUUAAAUCGAAACGCCUCCCGUCCAACCAUGACUCCGGAUCUCUGGAAUUUUUUAUACGUGCACAUUUUCAGAUGCAGCGCUUACCCACGCCCGCGAGGAGGAGACGCGGAGAACUCGGAAAAGACGCGAAGGAAAGACUCUGGCGCUAGUAUGUUGAGCUUUGACUUGUAAAUAGUUACAAUACCCAAACCUCUUUUCAUUUUGUACAGUCGACAGACAGACAGGAUGUAACUUUCCACACGUUUUGCAGCGAUUUAAGACAUAAAUAAAACCAAUAAAAAUGUGCAGAAUAGAGUUAAGACGCCGAUAUUACUCAUCUUAAGUGAUGUAAUUGAUCUUUUCUUUGACUCUCAUGUUCUGAUAGAUUACCAAUCAGUGUAUGGAUUAUGUUAAGGAUGAUACUUUUUCUUACUUUGACUUUAGUGUUGGAGGAGUUGAUGAUUUACCGUAGGUGUAGACGUGUGGUGAUAUUAACAAGGGGACAAUUUAGUUUUAGGUCUUUGCUAAGUUCCCCUUGAAUUGUGUUAGAUUCUCUCUUUUUAAGGUGAGCUCGUCUUCAUGCUUUUUCAAGCUCAAUUCAAGUAUCUACACAUUUAUGUAAUACAAUAUUACACGUAUGAUAUUUGCAUAUAGAAGCAGCAUAUUGUGAGCUUUCAUUUUUAGGCAGCGGAGCGUGCGAGAUCGUCGUGUCUUGGUUUUUUCUCGGCCACUUUUAUUGUUUUCGCUGGGCUUUAAUGGUGAUUGCACACAGAAUAAAGAGCCAUCGCGGGCCCGGCCUAUCCUGUUCCCUCUUUAUGAUUGGGAUAGACAUCACUGUGGUAAAGAAAGAUGUAUGUACAUAAAUGUGUGUGUGUGCGUGUGCGCGUGUGUGUGUGGAUAUGCACAUAAACGGACAGUAUACACAUGCUGUUCAUUAUCGCUGAGCAUUUCAGCACAAUAAAUGUGGAAAAUAUCUUUGUGAGAGUCCAGCUGAAGCUGAAAUGCAUUGGUGCAACCCCUGAUCAACAAGGAAAGCAUUUACUCCGUUUCAAUGUACAGCUUUGCUGAAGGGAAAUCAACUCUUGCUUUAUUUUAGCUCAGGUUAGCAGACUGACGCCACCAGGAACACAAACGUUUAUUUCAUGCAUGUUUGCAUUGUUUGUUUACAGUAUACGUUGUCAUUUUUGGAAAGGCAACCCUCCAUGUUCACAUGUGGUAGAAGACACCAUCACGUUCAUGAGGUCCAUCCUACCAAAUCGCUGCCAUUUGCUUGUUGUAACGCUCUCAACAUGAACUUAAAUUUCUCUUUUUUAACAACGAAAUCUAAUAGCACACAUUGAAGUGCUCCAAAUGUGUUUUAUUUCAUGCGUGUGCAAGUCUCCUGAGCCAACAUGACCCUUUGACGUAACAAAACUGAAAGCAACAGGAGUUUUUAGCGCAAAAUUAGCACAUACCAAAUUUUGCGGCUUCUCUCAUCAUCCAUCAUCUUUUUUUCCAAAACGCAUUUGGCCUUCACAAUAUCGCGGUUCGAUUAUCGCUCCUUCGCUAUAUUGCCGUUUCUCAGAAAUGAACUCAUUCAAUCCCAGCCGUUUUUCAAAAGACGACCCCCUCAGUACCGGCCAUUUUGACUGAUAUUUCAAGGCACACCGAAUAUUGUCUUCUUUGGCUUUGUCAACAUGCAACCUACCAAAAGAAAGACUAGACUCCCGUCUCUCAUCAGGAAAAAGAAGUUUGUUUCUACCUUUUUCAGUUCUUUAGUAAUCAGCAGUAGAACAUAGGUAAGUUUCAGGAAAAUAUCAGUUCCUGACUAAAAAAGGGAAAAAAACUGCUUUUUAUGAAGAUACAUUUCAAGCAUAACUUUCACUUUGACACAAAUAUUUUUUGCUUUUGUGACAGCCCAAAUAUCUAAACAACUACACCAACAUAAACAACACAAAAAUGGGUUGUUUUACAUCAAAAUAACAAUUUAUUUCCAAAUACAACACCAUGAACUAGUUACCAUUUUCACAUUUAGAACUGAACUAUGUGUGUGCGCGCGCGUUUGUGUGUGUGUGUGUGUGUGCAUGUGUUAAAAUUUCCGUAACCUUCUGCACGGUACACUCCUCCACACUCUCUCACUUCUUCCUUCCUGUCAUGUGUGAUUUUUUUUUUGUUCACAUGAUCCCUGCCGAGCUCUUAUUAAAUGCACUUGUGGCCAUUUUUGUGGGUUAAAAUUGCUGUGACGUGAAAUUAGUGGAGAAUUGGUGGAGAGUUGCGUGAUCGCCUCUUUUUGCCUCUCACGCAAGAAAAUGUAAAAGACUCAUAAAUAUGUUGUUUGGAUCGGGCGUUCGGGUUUAUAAAUACGUCUCUGGUAUUGAAUGAGUUAAUAAAUGAUGGCUCUUUCUGCGCUCUAUUAUUAGUCAGAGCAUAUUGAAACGCAAGUGCAGUGGAGAAUCAUGGUCACUAGGCAGCAGUAAUGACACCAAACGGUACCUUACAUUACAUCACCCCAACACUGCAUGAAGACAUGACGUCAUCCAUGGCAUGUCCGACAUGAUAGAGUGAAAAAAAAGUUCUCCUCCCAUUUUGUGUGGAAGUGGUAAGUUGUUGGCUUCUUAAGUUUAGAAUUUGAGAGUAUCUGUUAGCUCGCGAGCUUGUUAGUCAGCAACCGUCUUGAGUCCCUGCAGCAUAAGAAUCGUCAUGUGGUGUAAACAAUGAAUAAUAGGAGUGUAAAGGUGACUAUAGGAUUGUUAUUUCAUGUCUACAGGGCUCUAAUAAUGUUAAAAAACACAGGUUUUCUCUGCUCUUACUACUACUACUACUUAUUGUACAUACAGUACUGUGCAAAAGUACCACAAGCUCUUGUUUUAGCAGUACUUUAAGACCGGAGUCACACUAGUCUGUCUCAUAGUCUUGAUGUGCCGACAUGCGCUUCACUUUCAGUGUCUUUGGUCUGUGCAGCAUUCACUCUUGAACCAAAGUGAACCAGAAGAAAUUAAAGUCAGUCUGUUUGCAGGCGGACCAAAGAGACAGCCCAGCAGUGUUAAAAUGACGGCAAAAAGCACGCAGAAAUGACAAAGUGGCGACUUUCUGCUCUCUUCCUUUCUGUGUGUGACAACAGCGCUCUUUAAAAGUAUGUUUUAGAAGCUUUUUGGCAAAUCUAACCUGGCAAAAACAUAUUCAACCCAGCAGACAGUAUUUUGUUUUGGAAAAUUUUUGUUACGUCACGUAAGAAGUCACGAAAGUUGCCCAACCCCGUGCUUGCUUUAUGUUUAUGUUCAUUACCGAGCAUCACCAGUCAGCAAAACCACACCAAAGUGUGCACAAAAUACCUUUUUUUUAUUUUGGACCAGAAGCCACAAAUGUGAACGCAGUCAUAGAGUCAAUGAAGCGCACUCGCAGAGCAACCACACUAGGGUUUGUUUUAGGGCCGUUCCAUCAAAUCGGUGCUAUUUGCUUGUUGUAGCGCUCCCAAAAUACAUUUCUAAAUCUGAUAAUACACAUACUGAACUAUUCAAAAUGUGAAGGAGGAGUGUGUUGUUAGUAUACAGUUAGCAAAUCCAUGAAAUAUAGCCACAUUUAUGCUAACAGCCUGUUGACACUAAGUAUAUAACAGUGGUUCAAUGCAAAAUUGUAUUCUGUGUAUGAAAUGUAUUGUCUUUCACGGCAAAGUCUAAUUUUAGGAAUCAGGGAUAGGCAAGAAAUGCUAUUUUCCAGUGUUCAAGGUCGCUUCAAUUCAUUUUUUCAAUUGGAUUUAAUAAACAUACAAUCGGGUCAAUGUGCAGGACAUUUGGCAUAAUAAAAAAAGGUAUUUUUCAGUUCAUUUUGGUGUGCAUUUCUGCAUUUUAUUUACUGGCAAAUGGCACCGAUUUGGAAAUAUGACAAGUGUGAACAUAUUAUUUUUGUCUGCAAAUUCUGGUUGAAUUCAACAUUUGUCCAUAUUUCAGCUGCUCAACUUUGGAGGUUUGACUACGGAAGCCGGUUUCCGCCCCGAAAGAAAAAAAUAUAUCCCAAUGGUAAGUCAUAAUUAUGUGAUAAGAAGUCGAAAAUAUGAGAUAAAAGGUUGAAAUUAUGAGAUAAAGUCACAAUUAUGAGAUUAAAAGUUGAAACAAUGAGGUAAAAAGUCGAAAAUAUGAGAUACGAGUCAUAAUUAUUAGAUAAAAGUCAAAAUGAUGACAUACAAAGACAAUUAUGAGAUAAAAAAAAUAGAAAUUAUGAGGUAAGAAGGCUCCAGUGAAGAAGGCGACACAUGCUCAGGUUGUGUCUCAUCAUUUUGAUGUUUUAAUCUCCUAAUUAUUUCCUUUUAACUCAUAAUUCUGACUUUUUAUUUCAUAAUUAUGACUUUCUUGCCCCAUAAUUUCGACUUUUUAUCUCAUAAAUUAUGACUUAUUUAUGUUUAUGUGUUUAUGUUUCUUAUGUUCUUAUUCUUUCUUGUGUUUUCUUUCUUUUCGUGGGAGAAUGAACAGGAUAAGAUUUUCAUUGCAUGGUAUAACUGCUGUUUUACCAUGCACAUGACAAUAAAACUCUCUUGAAUCUUGAAUCUUAGCAUUGGGAUAUUUUUUUCUUUCAGCGGCGGAAACGGGCUUCCAUAUUUGACUGAUGCGUUAAAAGCACUGCUGUGAAAAACACCAUUCAAACAACAAACCAAGUGUUGGCCUUUUGCACAGUACUGUAUAUUUUAUUGGCAGUGCAGCAUUCCUGGAUGUUCCAAUACAGCAGCCCCAUGUUGUUUACCUUGGAUUGGAAGGCUCGGGCAAGAUCACAGUUAUUGUUGGGGAAGUCAAGGUGCACGGAACACACACACACACACACACACACACACACACACACACACACGGUAUCAUUGAGCUCUGCAGCCAGCGAGUGCCAGUUGGACAGUGAGUAAGCAGCCUCGUCACAAGUCUUUGUUUCCCUUCAGGCCAAAUUGGUCCAGGCCUCGCUUCUCUGCACACAAGCAUGCCACAAGGCAUUUGUUUAGAUGGUUCAUGUUGAGAAAAACACUGUGUCACUUUUUUUUUUUUUGUUAAACAACACAAGGUUGAAGUUAGGUUGGUGUCACUGGAACAUCCUGGACCUGGAGGAUGUAAAUAUCACCCCAGCUGACAUGCGGGACCAAAUAACAUCAUGACAAGGUGAUUGAUCGCUGUUUUUUUUUUUUUUUUAUCAGUGAAUUUCAACACAUGCAGCCAGGAAGACUUAAACUGUGAUACAUGACCGUCAUCAUAAUGUCAUUGCACAAUUCCUUUGCUGGUAUAGCCCACAGUGCGUACUGUAUAGUGUUACUAAGAACACCUCUCUCUGCUUUUUGCUUGCUAAUCCGAUCUCUUAUGAUUUAGUGACAUGACAAAAGGGGUUGCUACUAAAUGUAUUUCACGUGUGGAGUGUUUGGUUUACAAAGGCACUACUUUCCACCUAAAACUACGCGACCUGAUUCAAUUUACUGUGGCUCAACAAAUUGUAAAAUAGGAGUACUAUCACUUGUAUACGUACACUUUGCUCUCGACCGCUCUUUUUCUCUUUUUGUGGCCCUUUUCUUUGAAAUAAUACCAAAAUGUUUACAUCAUAAGGUGAAGAGAAACAUCCAGAAAAACACGUUUCUUGUACAGGUUGUGUAAAUACUGCCCGUUAGGGAAGACAUUAACAUUUUUGUAUGGAAUCACUCCAAGUAAUCUCAGUAACAGAAUUAACCAUGUCAUGGCAACAAUUGCAGAAUCACUAAGGUACUUCUAAUAAGGAUCAAUACCUACAAUGAUAAGUGCUUCAUUAAAUAAGCCUAUUCUUUCUCUUUGUACAUGAUGAACAAAAUGAAGUGUUGAGUAUUAAUAAUAAAAUGCUAUAAGUUUCAUGCAA